AUGGAUUUAACGUCCACUUCAUCUGGAAUUGGUGAUAUUCAUUCGACUGAAGCAUCUGGAAGUGAACCAUUGACUUCAUCUGAUAGUUCUCAAUGUUGCCACCCUAACAUUAAGAAAUCAUGGGACACUUUAGUAUUUCAUUCUAUUAAAGAGGUUGAAGAUUUCUAUGGUCAGUAUGCAUAUAAAACUGGAUUUUCAAUCAGGAGUAUGUUGAAGUCGAAGAAUAAUUCAAAGAAUAAGAAGUCGGAUAAGAUACAUUACAUACGUUAUGUUUGUGACAAAGAAGGUUUUAAGAAAGGAAGUUUGCUUAAUCCGAACAACAAGCCAAGAUCAGACAGUCCGGUUGUUAUUGAAUUUGAAAAAGUGAAAGAGAGACCGGAGGAAAGGAUUGGUUGUAAAGCUGGAAUAUAUCUGAUGUUGGAUGAAGCAUUGAAUGUUUAUAAGAUAUAUAGAUGGGAAGGGAAUCACUGUCAUCCACUACAUAGAGAACAGCAUCACCGUUACCUCAGAUCAUUCCGAGAAGUAAAUGAAGUUCAAGGACAACUUGCUUUAAUUAAUUCUAAAGCUGGAAUGUCAAUGAGGACGUCAUGGGUCAAGGAGUUGGAGGCACGGAGAAUCUCCCAUUUCGGUUUUCGGACUUAA